UCAGAGGAGCCUACGGCGUAACUUCUGAAUCGACUAUUGACAGAUAGAGGAGAAUACGGUUCUACUUGCGUCAAGUAUACAGCUCUGACUUGCUUUGCGUCUAGUCUCGAAAGAGGAAGAAUGACCAAGAUUAAACGACCAUUUGUGAGGGUUACGAGAAAUCCCCCUAAAGAGGGUGCCCAGUAAAAUCGAUGAUAGUUGACAGAUGGUUCGAGACGACUAGUGACGGCGUUAAUUCCAAACUCGGAUUGGACGGGAAUUGAGUGAAAAUCAAAUCCCUCAUUAGUCAACACCUCUCCAAGCCAAUUUAAACAAAUAACUCGACCGACUCUGUUACCGGCGAUAAUUUUAUUACACGUAGAGAUGCAAUUAUCACCAUUUCCUUGUUCAAUCUCACGUUUUAAUAAAUGCAAAAGGCCCAAAAAUCCUAAAUCAGUUCGAAGAAGAAGAAUAUCGCCAGUGCUAUUCCAGGCUGCAAAUGCGAGGUUACCAUACCUUUCAAUAUUACUGGAACUGUGA